UCAUCAUGAUUGAAGAAUACCUACAAGAUUACGAGAAAAAUGUCAUACUAAAUGCAUGUGUUCCUAGACAAAUCUCGGCUUUCUAGGUUUUGCAUGUGAUUAAAUAAAGUACCCUUGCGGGAUGACCCGCUGAUAUCAACACUAAUACAAGAGGCGGGCCCGAUCUCUCGCGAUGAGCCCGCCCACCCGUUGCUAGAAAACUUUCCCGGAGUUUGAUUGAUAGAAAACCAAGAUUUCGAUUACGGUGACAAUCGGAAAAUGACUGUCCUCUGCGAUGAACUCCUAAAAUCGUCCGCUUCACAAUAACAACUGUAUUUGGAAUAUUUACUUACCGUUCUGAUUCCAGCUGCUAACCAGAGACCUAGAACAACAGUUGCUCCAUGCCCAGCCAACAGCACAAGGAGAUCUGUACGUCCUGUCAGUACCCUAUCGAGGACCGCUUCCUCCUGCGGGUUAUGGAUCUACCUUGGCACGAGCAGUGUGUCGUCUGCUCUGUCUGUCGCACGCAACUUACACGUACAUGUUUCCACCGCAACAGGCAAUUCUACUGCAAAACUGAUUAUGACAAGUUGUUCCGACGGGCAUCUUGCAAUGGCUGCGGUUCGUUCGUCAUUCCUACCGAGUUUGUGAUGCGGGCAAAGGGUUACGUGUAUCACCAACAGUGCUUCAACUGUGUAGAAUGUGGGCAGCAACUCCGCCAAGGGGAUCAUUGUGCAAUAAAGGACGGACAACUCUUCUGUGCCCUAGACUUCGAAAAGGAAAUUAACAUGAUGGGAUUAAGUCCAAGAAGUGAUGGUUCUGAUAGUUAUGAAGAUGGGGAAAGCGACUGUGGUAAACAUCCUAAGCGGCCACGCACCAUUCUAACCACCAGCCAAAGACGGAAGUUCAAAUCCGCAUUUGAGCUCAACCCGAAGCCUUGCAGGAAAGUUCGUGAGCAACUAGCAGCAGAGACUGGUCUAAGCGUCAGGGUGGUACAGGUGUGGUUCCAGAAUCAGAGAGCCAAGGUGAAAAAAUUGGCACGUCGUCAAAAUCAAGAUGGAAGCAGUUCAAAGUCUCAGGGACAGGUUAAAGGUAAAUCCGAGGGCAAGGAAUGCAAGUAUGAACAGGACGACGACAUAGAUCCAGAUUGCUUACAAAAGUCAAGAGAUGAUGAGUCUUUAAGUUCGCUGAUUUCGGAUUCCCGCAACAAUGUGGAACAGAUAUCCCCGCUUCCUGCAAGUGAAUAUCAAGAGCCCUUUCGAGGCACCAUUGAACUUGGUCGGAAGGACCUGGAUAAUGGCAUUAGUUGUGUGGAUCCAAUGUUUGUAAAUGGAUGUCCCACCCCUCAUUCACAUCUGGACAAUACGGGGGUACCAAACCCAAUAGACAAACUCUACUCAAUGCAAAACUCCUAUUUCAGUGUCGAAUAAAACAGCGAUAAUGCAUUUGUUUGCGAAUUUCGUGGAAUUGAAUAUCACAAAAUGCAACUUUUGAUAUUUGAUGGCCAGCACGUGACAUGAAGAUUCAUAGUUAAUUGAACAUAGUAAUCAGUGUAUUCAUGUUUCCAUGGAACGAAAUAGUUUACAAUAACGUAAUCAAACUCGUAACUGACUGCAGGGAUAAGACAGGGAAACAUCAUAAGGUCUUCGUUAUUUAUGUUAUACCAGUAUCUAGUGAUAUUUAGUUUUAAUGCUAAUGUGUAUUUAUUUUGUUUGUCUGUGAUAUUGAUGAAUAAUUUUUUUCUUAAACAUUAUUGUAUACUGACAUUUAUUUAUUUUUAUUUUUUUUUAGUUUUGAAUAAUGUCUUAAUGAUGUGAACAUUACAGCACAAUGCUUCUUGAUGUAGAAUGACACUACUUAUAAUAGAAGCAAGUCUUGAUUUCCAAAUAUACUCCUUGUUUUAAAAUCUUUAUAACCUUUCAAAUAUUUUAAGAUUGAGAGUAAUGAUGAAUUAUGCAGAAACUUAGGGAUUUAUAAUUCACGAAAUAAAAUUUGAAUUUAGAAUCACUAAAACUUGAGCACAUCUGAAUUAAUCACAAACUACACACGUAUACCAUAGAUCUUCAUUAUCUGCAACAGAAUAUAUUUUAUAGAAAUAUAAUAUUCCGUAUAUAAGAAUAUAUUUGCAGCUUAACAUUUAUGUUAUAAGAUUUUAUCUGUGAAAUGAAAUGUACAGUUUGCCAAGCAAUCCUGGAUUAUCAAUGUUCAGACUACAAUAGAAGCGUUGUAAAUGUGACCAGAAUUGGUAAGAUUUUCACAACUCAAGAGUGCCCAUCAUGGAUUCCAUUCUCUCCUGAUUUGUUUUUUUUUUCCACGCCUCUGUUCAUCUCCAUCUCAAAUCUAUGUGUGAACAGCGGGUAGACGGAAUCUUUUAUGAACCGUACAGUACCAUACUUUUGAAUUGAUAAACACAACUGUACUAGAGUCCAUUGAGUUGUGACAAGCUCUCUUUUGAUCAAAGUAUCAUUUUUAACAAGGAACGUACGGUGAUAGUAUAACUAAAAGCGAUAUCAUCUCAGUUUUAUGGCCCGAAGUCAGAUAUUGAUACUUUGAAAUAAUAUUCUUAAUUAUACGAAUGCAUGUCAGCCACUGUGCUACCCUCUAGCGACUUUUAUACCGGUAGAUCAACCAAAAACAUGGCAGCCUUCUUAGGAAAAAUUGAAGUCAAGUAUAUUUGAGAUUAGUGUCAGGGGAAUUCAAACAAUCGUAUUAUCGCUUCCAUUUGAGCAUCAUGAUAUAUAUCCUGCAGUUAGAAAUAUUUUUUUUGUAAAUUAACGUAAAUGUCAUGCAAUUAAAAGCCAUUGCAAGCGGACAUAUAAGCUACGUUUUACGAAGUAGGUGGGUAUAUCUUACUCUAUACAAAUGUGACACCAGUUUAUCCUUCAUGAAAAACUAUUUUUAGCAAACUCAAAGACCGGCAUCGAAACAGUGGGAAAUGUUGACACGUCUCAUUAGAACACCGUCAUUUUGAUACAGGUGCACCUAGUAUUUGAUGUACAUGAAGACAUUUAGAUGGAACAAAUUCAAUAUGGAGACUUCUUGUUCGAACUGAAUUUGAAACACCGUGAUUCUUAUUAUAAAAUGUAUUUAUUCGUGUAACUUGAUUUUUUUUUUAUUUACUUGUUGUGUCCCAGAGAAGCAUUAAAUUGUGAAAUACUGA